GGUAAAAUUCCGUCUGCUUGGUGAUUGACAAUAAUGGCGACGCGUUUAUACUGAGUUUACUUCUGCGAGCCAUUUGACAAAAUAAAUACAUUUGAGACAUACAUCCAAUACAUAGGCUAAACGUACCUACGAAUUAAAUUAUUUAUCCAACAAAAAGGACGAAUCUACACUAGUGGUCUAACGUUAAGUUGUGGAGGUGGCAUUCUUGCAGAGGCACAAGCUAGCUAACUAAAUAGCUAGCUAAUAACGGUAUACCAUUUCGUGACGAUGUGGCUACUUUACACGCUCUUGGGGUGACAAUGUCUUGUGCUCUUGGGAUGAAAAGCACAUGAAAGGGGAUACUGAGACAUACCAGUUAUUUACAUAACAUUGCAGACGAACAGCUUGUGGAGUGGAAAGUGCGUGCCAUUCAACAGCUUACUUUGGUAGCUAAUGUUUGGCAGUUGCUUGUUGGCAAAGCUAGCUAGCUAAUAGUUAACGUUAGUGAGUUAGCUUGGCUUUGAUGUCCAGUACAACGCGUUGUUUUAUCAAGCAAGCUAACUAAACCUUUGUUACAUUUACACUACGAUACAUUUGACUAGCAAUGUAUAUUUGCCUUUGCAACUAACUGUUAGCUUAUGUCUGCUAUAUUGUUCUGGAACUUUACCGCAAGCAGGCUAGCCUAGUUAACGUAACGUGCAAGCUAACAAGAUAUUGCUAAAUUGUGUUUUUCUGGACAACAGAACGGUUUUGGUUCUCAAAAUUAUCCUGUCAAACACAGGUAGUUAGCUAGUUAGCAUACCCUGCUAGUUGGCUAUAUAUUUUUUUGUGUUACGUUAUUUGCGAGACCUUUUCGUAAAUGACUACUGGCAGGAAUAACCGUGUGAUGAUGGAAGGAGUUGGUGCGAGAGUGAUCCGUGGACCCGAUUGGAAAUGGGGAAAACAGGAUGGUGGAGAGGGACAUGUCGGCACGGUCAGGAGUUUCGAAAGUCCGGAAGAAGUGGUUGUUGUCUGGGAUAACGGGACUGCGGCCAACUACCGGUGCUCUGGUGCAUACGACGUGAGGAUAUUUGACAGUGCUCCCACAGGUAUCAAGCAUGACGGUACUAUGUGCGACACCUGCCGUCAGCAGCCUAUCAUCGGUAUCCGCUGGAAGUGUGCGGAGUGCACCAACUAUGACCUCUGUACCACCUGUUACCACGGAGACAAGCACCACCUGCGACACCGCUUCUACAGGAUCACCACCCCUGGCAGCGAGAGAGUCCUGUUGGAGUCUCGGCGCAAGUCGAAGAAGAUCACAGCCCGAGGCAUCUACACAGGUGGCCGGGUGGUGAGGGGAGUGGACUGGCAGUGGGAGGACCAGGACGGAGGCAACGGCAGGAGAGGAAAGGUGACAGAGAUCCAGGACUGGAGUGCAGCCAGCCCCCACAGUGCAGCCUACGUACUCUGGGACAACGGGGCCAAGAACCUCUACAGGGUGGGCUUCGAGGGGAUGUCGGAUUUGAAAUGUGUCCAGGAUGCCAAAGGAGGCUCUUUCUACAGAGACCACUGCCCUGUUCUAGGCGAACAGAAUGGCAACAGGAACCCAGGCGGUCUGCAGAUUGGAGACCUGGUCAACAUCGACCUGGACCUGGAGAUAGUCCAGUCCCUGCAGCACGGCCAUGGAGGCUGGACAGACGGCAUGUUCGAGACCCUCACCACCACCGGUACCGUGUGUGGAAUUGACGAGGACCACGACAUUGUGGUGCAGUACCCCAGCGGGAACAGGUGGACGUUCAACCCUGCGGUGCUGACCAAAGCCAACGUGGUGCGUAGUGGGGAAGGUGUUGCGGCGGGGGCAGAGGGCGGCAGCUCCCAGUUCCUGGUGGGAGACCUGGUCCAGAUCUGCUACGACAUCGACCGCAUUAAACUGCUGCAGAGAGGACACGGGGAGUGGGCCGAGGCCAUGCUGCCUACCCUGGGCAAGGUGGGCCGCGUGCAGCAGAUCUACUCAGACAGCGACCUGAAGGUGGAGGUGUGUGGAACGUCAUGGACCUACAACCCUGCUGCCGUCACCAAAGUGGCCCCCGCUGGUUCCGCUGUCACCAAUGCAUCCGGAGAGCGUCUGUCUCAGCUGCUGAAGAAGCUGUUUGAGACCCAAGAGUCUGGUGACAUCAACGAGGAGCUGGUCAAAGCAGCAGCCAAUGGCGACCUGGCCAAGGUGGAGGACAUCCUCAAGAGACCUGACGUGGACGUGAACGGGCAGUGUGCUGGACACACAGCCAUGCAGGCGGCCAGUCAGAACGGACACGUGGACGUCCUCAAGCUGCUGCUGAAACACAACGUGGACCUGGAGGCCGAGGACAAGGAUGGAGACCGGGCGGUGCACCAUGCGUCCUUCGGAGACGAGGGCUCCGUGAUCGAGGUGCUGCAGAGGGGCGGGGCCGACCUGAACGCCAGGAACAAGCGCCGACAGACCCCCCUGCACAUCGCUGUCAACAAGGGCCAUCUGCAGGUGGUCAAGACCCUGCUGGACUUUGGCUGCCACCCCAGCCUCCAGGACUCGGAGGGAGACACCCCCCUACAUGAUGCCAUCAGUAAGAAGAGAGAUGACAUGCUGUCUGUGCUGCUGGAGGCGGGUGCAGAUGUCACCAUCACCAACAACAACGGUUUCAACGCCCUGCACCACGCUGCCCUCCGAGGGAACCCCAGUGCCAUGCGUGUGUUGCUGUCCAAGCUGCCGCGGCCCUGGAUCGUAGACGAGAAGAAGGAUGAUGGUUACACCGCCCUGCAUCUGGCCGCACUCAACAACCACGUGGAGGUGGCCGAGCUGCUGGUUCACCAGGGCAGUGCCAGCCUGGACAUCCAGAAUGUCAACCAACAGACGGCCCUGCACCUGGCUGUGGAGAGACAGCACACACAGAUAGUCAGGCUGCUGGUGCGAGCGGAAGCCAAGCUGGACGUGCAGGACAAGGAUGGGGACACUCCUCUCCACGAAGCGCUGCGUCACCACACGCUGUCCCAGCUCCGCCAGCUGCAGGACAUGCAGGACGUCAGCAAGGUGGAGCCCUGGGAACCAUCCAAAAACACACUGAUCAUGGGCCUGGGCACCCAGGGAGCAGAGAAGAAGAGUGCAGCGUCCAUCGCCUGCUUCCUGGCGGCUAACGGAGCAGACCUGACCAUCCGCAACAAGAAGGGCCAAUCCCCUCUGGACCUCUGCCCUGACCCCAGCCUCUGUAAGGCCUUGGCCAAGUGCCACAAGGAGAAGACCAGUGGCCAGGUGGGCUCUCGCAGCCCAUCUCUGAACAGUAACGGUGAGACCCUGGAGGAGUGUAUGGUGUGUUCUGACAUGAAGAGAGACACCCUGUUCGGACCGUGCGGACACAUCGCCACCUGCUCUCUCUGCUCCCCCCGCGUCAAGAAGUGUCUGAUCUGCAAGGAUCAGGUCCAGUCCAGAACCAAGAUUGAGGAGUGCGUCGUGUGUUCCGACAAGAAGGCUGCCGUGCUCUUCGAGCCCUGCGGUCACAUGUGCGCUUGUGAGAACUGUGCCAGCCUCAUGAAGAAGUGCGUACAAUGCCGGGCUGUUGUGGAACGCCGCACGCCCUUCGUCCUGUGUUGUGGAGGGAAAGGUAUGGAGGAUGAUGCAGCUGAUGAUGAUGAUGAUGAUGAUGAUGAGGAUGAUGAGGACCUUACAGGUAGCUCUAACUCAGCUCUAAUGGCAGGGGGGUCGCAGCAGGAUCUGCUCCAGCCCAACAAUCUGGCGCUAAGUUGGUCCAGCGGUAACAUCCCGGCCAUGCAGAGAGACAAAGACAACACCAAUGUCAAUGCUGACGUUCAGAAGCUGCAGCAGCAACUGCAGGACAUCAAGGAGCAGACCAUGUGUCCAGUGUGCCUGGACCGGCUGAAGAACAUGAUCUUCAUGUGUGGCCACGGCACCUGCCAGCUGUGUGGCGACCGCAUGAGCGAGUGCCCCAUCUGCCGCAAGGCCAUCGAGAGACGCAUCCUCCUCUACUAGAGUCCCAGGCUUCAGUCUCGGCCUACUAUACCCCCCCCCCCCCCCCCCCCCCC